AACGUUGUGUUUCAAUGGAACAAAACUGAUCUUGCACUGAUGCUUCUAUGGGGACCUCUUGCAUUUUUCGUAAUGGCGGUUCCUAGUUUCUGGAUCCUGCACAAAAAAAGGUCUAGGAUGGGGGUGUAAGUUGAGUACUGUAGGUUUGGCCGUUGGAGCUGGUGUCCGAUGCUUGGCUAUGAUACCCCCGAGAAAAACAUGGUUAAUUCACAUGGGGCAAUUUAUCACUGCAUGGGGUGGGCCAAUGCUGUUUGCAAGCCCCGUUGUGUUAUCUGCCACGUGGUUCCCCGGGGAACAGCAGACGUUGGCCAUAUCAGUUGGUGUCACUGCUGGUGCUGUGGGUCAAGCUGUAUCCUUCAUUAUAGGGCCGGUAUUUGUACCCGACUCCGGGAGCUGUCAACAAAAUAGGUCCGGGCAUAAUAUAUCCGACAUAGUGACCGAACAUAUUCAAACAAUCUCUUUGGAGAAUAAAAAUCACAACUGUUCUGGUGAUGCUGCAUUCAUUAAAGAUGCUGGGGAUGGAAUAACGAAACUUCUGUUAGUAGAGUUUAUUUGGAGUGUGUUGUUACUUCUAGUCACGAUGUUGUAUUUCCCAGCUCGUCCACCGACACCACCAUCUAUAUCUGCCUCUUUCGAAAGGGAGGAUUACCUCAGGGGAUUUUUACGAGCGUUAAAAUCACCAAAAGUAUAUUUAAUAGGUUUUAUCUAUGCUCUGCCGGCGGCAGUGUUUUCAAUGUGGGCAAACUUUAUUGAUGUAUUCCUGUUGCCAAUCGGGAUUCAACAGGAUGAUGCAGGGUGGAUUGGAUUCUGGGGGAUUUUUUCAGCGGGGAUAUCUUGCAUUAUAGUGGGAGGCUUUAUAGAUCACUUCAAGGCCUGGCUGAAAUCUUCAAUUCUGGUACUUUAUUGUAUUUCCAUUGGUUCAGCAGUAUGGUUUUUGUUACUCUGUAUGAAGAUAAUACCAUUUUCUUUAGGUAUGGUAUAUGCAUCUUUCAUUCUCACUAGUGCAAUGAUGAAUUCCCCCCAGGCGUUGAUGUUUGAGCUGAUAUGCCAAGUAUGCUACCCCAUCGGCGAGGCGACGGCUUCUGGGAUACUCUGUAUCAUAUUUAACUUUGUGGCAAUAAUAUUUCUCAUCCUAGCAUCCAUAGAAAUCUUAGGUACAGCAUGGUUAAACUGGAGUUUAUUGGUGAGCGUGGGUGUUUGUGUCCCUCCUCUCGCCCUCGUUUCUGUCAACUUUAAAAGAUUAGAAGUAGAUAAACAUGGUGACAAAUCUGAAUGACUUUUUAUCAUAAAAAAAUAUUAGACAUUAAGUCUUGCUUUUCAAUCAUUUUCAUACAUAGCAAAAUAUGUUGUACAAUUCCUCUAACAAUAUUAAAAUUCAAAAUAAUAUUUUAAAGGUUUUAGAAAGGUCAACAUUUUGACCUACGUAGGCACAACGAUUUCCCCUUUCCAUUUUCUUGACCAACCAUUCAUCUGUUGAGAAAUAUAGAAUAAGAAUGACCAUUUUAUACGAAUACUGUGUU